CGGUGAGGCCGAGGGUUUGCGUCGGCUUCGGUCGAGGAAGGAAAGCUCCUCACCAAGCACUUGGCUGUAUAGUCUGGACAAAACUGUCCAAAGCAAGCAUUCGUUGUGCUAUUUUCGGUUUUUUUUGGCUACUGCGUGUUGCUUUCUACUGUGCUUGGGAGAUGGGGUGCUGAUCUUCCUAAGUCGAAUAUGGCUUAUGAAUCCCACAGCAAGUAUUGUCACGGAAGCUUACGUUGCCUGUUCAGGCCUUAGUACUUCAAGAACUUUGUUGUCUCUUGUUUCUACAGAAGGACUACAGAGCGCUGAUGACUGCUGUGUGAAAGAGUGUUGUGUCUUGAGUCAAGUUUAGUUGUCAAAAGAAAUUGGUAGCAUUGGCCUAUAAGAGUAUUGCGCUAUUGUGAAUGCGGAUGGCUUGUUUGUAAAGGACUACUUACUCCUAUUAUAUGGCUGAUGUGUUUCCUUUCUAGAUUAUUUUUUUCUGUAUGCUAGAGAUUUGGGAAUUGACUAAUUGAAUUGACCACGUCUGGGAUCUGGAUCUGGAAAUUGACUUGUUCCAAAUGUAAACUUCCUUGAGGCUUGUCAUAUGUAUGUUGCGUCUGUCUGUUUAGAGAUGUACCAGUGACCCUGCUUGUGAAGCUAGGUAUCCCUUACUGCUGCUAGUAUUGACAGAUUUGGUUUGUCGGAGCUGUUUGACUGUGCCAGUGAGAACACCUAGUCUCUCCUCAUCUGAUUUUACUCUUUUUAAAGAAAGGAAAAAAACAGGAAGAAGAAAGAGGAAACAGCUGAUUGUUUCAUUGCGUUUAGUCAUUUGCUUUGUCACCUUACGGUCUUUGUAAUCUAUGUGUGGCACCAUGUUUCGCCUCUUCCUUGGACUUGUUAGGUUGACUUGGAAAGGCUGGCCUAGUUUCUCAUUCUUUGCUACCCGUGACAAGUGAAAUUGUGCUUUGUUUUAAUGGAGAAAUGCUGCAGCAUCUGGCCUCUCUUUUCUGCCUUUGAUCUAGUUGGUUAACACUAUAAAAUGGGAAUGGGUGUUUAUAUCCCUUUUCAGGCUCAGAUGGUGUCAGAGAAUAGAUUAUUCAGCAGUGUUUUUAGGAUGAGCUUAUCCUUUGACAGGUUUUAAUGGUUAAAGUACUUUGUUCCUAAAACAUUUGUGGAAAAAUGGGGCUUUUCACAAAGGUGUUGUAAAUGUGGCGGACAUAUGAUCAAAGGUUGAGAUGUCCAUCAAACUAUACAUUGAUGCCUGCCUUUGUGGGCUUUGCUGCUCCUUCUCCAUAGACUGUCUUCUGUUAUUUUCAUUUAUUGUUGUCAAUUGAUUGUACUUAGUUAUUGAAUAUGGAGAAAAUGAAAAGAUGUUCCUUUCAAAAUAAUGUAAGGAAGCUGCGAUAAAAGCGAGACUGGACCUGUUGUGUUUGCGUCCUGUUUCUUUUACUGUCUGCUCAGAACAAACUCAGAAACUUUCGUUGUAGUACAAGAAAGUUGGCGAACAGUACCUUAAGAAUACCGAGGGCAGGAAUCAUCCAUGUUGCAGGUCUGACUUCUGUGACAGAAGUUAGGACUGAUUGUGACCAAUUGGACUAUGUCCUCGAUCUUAUAGAAGGAGGUACAAGAAGAACAAGAAGGUGUGCUGUAUAAGGUUGCUGUAGGACUACCUGCUUUAAUCUGUUGAAAGUGAAUCUUUGGCCUGGAAUUAAACAAGACUAGAUUAUGCACUGUAGGAUUAUGCUCUUGAUAGUUACGGGUAAGAUAGAACAAACUUGAUUUGGUGUUUAAUAUGUCAGCUACUAUAAAACUUUGUUUUACAUCUCUGCCGCCUCUUCCUCACUUUCCCCCAGUUCUGCAAGUAGCUAGGUUUAACACUGAACCUGAGGUCCACAUCCUGAAAAGGUGGUUUCUUCAUUGAGGAAAACCAGAAUGUUGGGAUAUACUUGGUUUGUUUAUUGUAUGGAAGCUGAAACACUGGAUCCUGCCGAUGUUGAAUCUAUUAAGUCUGCUUUUUAUUUUGUGACUGAAAGCAAGUUUGUUCUUGUAUAGUUUAUGUAGCACUGAGGGACUUGCUGUCAGGAGUGACACUUAAAAUCAUGAAUGGCUUAGCCUGGAAGUGACCUUAAAGAUCAUCAACCUCCAUCUCUUUUCUCAUGGGCAGAGUUGCCAACCACUAGAUCAGGCUGCACAAGGCCCCAUCCAACCUGGCCUUGAACAUCUCCAGGGAUGUGGCAUAUACAACUUCUCCGAGCAGUCUGUUUCAGUGCCCCACUGCCCUCUGAGUGAAGAAUUUCUUUCUAAUAUCUAACCUAAAUUUUUCCUCUUUUAGUUUAAAGCCGUUUCUUCUUGUCCUACCACUGCUAGGCUGUAUAAAAUGUCAGUCUCCCUCCAGCAUACAAGUUUCUUUGAAGCACUAGAAGGCCACUGUUUUUUGAGCCUGUCCAGGACCCUUUGGGUGGCAUUCCUUCCUACUAUUCUGUCAACUGCAGUACUUACUUUGGUGUCAUUUGAACACCUGCUGAGGGAGCACUUGAUCGCAUCAGCUACAUAAUUCAUGAAGAUGUUAAAGAGUACCAGUCCCAAGAUGGACCCCUGGGAGGGACCACUCCCGGUCAGCCGCCAACUGGGCUUAGAGCCCUUGACAGCAACAUUGGCUACAACCAUCCAAACAAUUCUUUAUCCACCAAAUAGUCUACACUUAAAAUCUGUAUCUCUCCAACUCUCCAGAAGAUGAUGUUGCUGCAGUGAGUUGCUGUGGCUAAAAACAGUACUCUGAAGCAGGGCUUCAAUAGUAUUCUUGUGUUCAGUUUGCCUACUCUGUUUGCUCCUUGUGAGGAAAGGGAUAGGUUUCUUUAAGCAAUGUCCUUAGCUCUUUAUCAUGGCCUUCUGUUCUUUGCAAAAUAUUUUCUGUGGAGGACUGCUCUUGUUACACGGGGAAAUCCUUGAAUGAGGAAGAGGAAUACUUCCACGGUGGAGUUUGUAAUCUGAUAAACCGUGGAAAGGUGGAAAAUAGGAAUUAGUCAAGCACAUGAGCUCAGAUGCUGUAUGUUGGAGAUAGGUUUUAUUGCUGGUGGUGUUUUUGGAUUUUUAAUUGGGGUGAAAUUAGCAGAGAGGAGUGAAAAGAAAAGCGAAGUCUUGGUGAUGAAGAAGGUUUAACACUCUCUUACAGUUAACAGAGUUCAGUGCAGAUCACAUUUGAAGAGGGUCCUCAAUUACCACCAGCAGCAAAUAUAAGCUGUGUGACUUGCAAAGGCCAGUCAGGUCACAGCAUGGUGCUGUGUUGUCAUCUGUCAGCUGAAGCUGUGAAGUUCCCUGUCUCUGUCACCCAGCAGUCUGCAGUUGCUGUUUCUGUGGACACGUAUCAUGUCACUUUGGCUCUGCUCCAGGCUGAGGUGGAGAUCCACUUGGAGGAGAUACAGAAUCAGGGUCUCCUGGUGUCAUGGACAUUCAAGGACAGACCAGACUUGGAUCUUUCAGUUCUUCCGAGACUUCAGCCUUGUGAGAAGAACGAAGGGAAAGCGGAUCUGUCCACCAUAAAGGAUCUAAUCGAGGAUACUAUUGUCAGCACGCAGCCAGCCAUGAUGGUGAAUCUGAAGGCUUGCACAGCUGGAACUGGCACAGUAUCCAGCAGUAAGGUGACCCAAGAGUCUCCAUACAGUGUAGUAGAAGCCCCUCUGGGUUCAAAGCUGUUGCUCCGGAAUCUUCGUGUGCUGAACUUAGGCUCACAGAGGAGUGGAGGAGUUGGGGAGAUACGCUGUGUUGCAGAACUAGACAGUCCCCCGCAACAGAAACGGACAAGGCCAGUGAGAGCUGGUAGCACUGGCAUUGCUGCAGAGAUGGAGUGGAAUGAAGAGCUGUUUCUUGAGUUAGGGCCCAGAAGUAAGGAGCUGAAGUUACAGGUGCUGGGGAACAGCUGCAAAGGGGAAGAUGUGCUGCUGGGACAUACUACUCUUUUGCUUGAUUCUUUGGGCAAACAGCCCUCUGGGAGACAGGUGUGCUCGCUGGCCUCAGGAGCUGGGCAACCACUGGCAGCUGAAGCUACCAUUGUAUUGGAGCUUUUAUACCAGGAUUCUUCUGCAUCUCUGAAUGCUCAGCAUGCCACAUCUCUGCAUACCAGCAUCACCCCCACAAAGAAGGUGGAGAUGGACCGGACCAUCAUGCCUGACGGCACCAUUGUGACUACUGUCACCACGAUUCAGUCCCGACCCAAGGUGGAUUGUAAGCUGGAUUCACCUUCAAGGUCACCAUCCAAGGUGGAAGUGACAGAAAAGAAGACAACAGUGCUUUUGGAAAGCAGCUGUCCUCACAACUCCUUGUCCAGCAGCAGCCGAGACAGCCAGAUGCCCAAUGGCUUGGAUCCAGUGGCUGAGACGGCAAUCAGGCAGCUAACUGAGACAAAUAACAAGCCUGCCAAGAAGACCCCAACAAAACGUAGCACGCUGAUCAUCUCAGGAGUUUCCAAGGUACCUCUUGCUCAAGAUGAAAUGGCACUUUCUCUGGGUUAUGCUGCAUCCAUGGAGGCCACAGUAUAUGGAGAUACUGGGGCAGUCUGUGCAUCUGACCAGGUGCGUGAUUCCACUGAGUCAUCACAGCUGCUGGAAGCAUCACCAUCAGAACAAAGAGCCAGUCAGGAGCUGGAUGAGACGACGCGAUCUGACAUCUCUGAGAGACCGUCUGUGGAAGAUGUUGAGUCUGAAACUGGCUCCACGGGAGCCCUUGAGACCAGGAGCUUGAAAGAUCACAAAGUUAGCUUUCUUCGGAGUGGUACCAAACUCAUCUUUCGGAGAAAGAGCAAGCAGAAGGAAGCUGGCCUCAGCCAGUCACAUGAUGACUUGUCCAACGUCACCGCUGGUUCUGCCACCAAGAAGAAAGCUGGCAGCUUCUCCCACCGCCUCAUCAAACGUUUCUCCUUCAAGUCUAAAUCCAAACCUAAGACUAGUGACAACACAACAACAGAGAAGGAGCUGUUACUGGGUAGCUGUCAAGAUGCUUGACUGCUGGGUGGAUGGUAUUUGCUUCUGGGAUCUUUUGCUGUGUUCUUCCUCUCCCUGCCCCUAGUUCAUGGUGAGUGUAAUGAAAGUAACAGUAUCAGUGGCGGUCAAACUGCUGAAAAAGACCUUCAUGUACUUGUGAUAUUUAGAUUUUUCUACACAGCAUGAUGACUGCUCUGAACCAUCUUUCCUUGCUUGUAGAGGUACUGGACCAAAUAUGUAUGCUAAAUCUGAAUUAGCACCCUUCCUUUUGCGUGCUUUUUUUUCUCCUAGCAUUUUAAUGCCUUUUUUCUAGGUGGUUUAUUUUAACUCCAGGUUGUUUGGAGAGAAAAAAGCAGGAACUCUGUAGUUAUUUAAGAAAUGGAAAUAAAAUGACCUAAUUCAGACAAAAUGAAUGAAGUUAUUGCACCUUUGUAAAUGUUGAAGAAUUCCAUUGCUGUGUAAUGGCUGAACCUGUUAACUUAUUAAAACAUGCGGAAAUGAAAA